AAAAUUGUCCACAAAAAAAAACCUCCCUUCUUUGAAGCCAUUACGAUUACGUCUUUUUACCUUUUACCUCAUGAACGAAUCUCGGAAAAGAGCGACCAACGGUUCUUCAUUAGAAACCGAAUACCAGAACGGCGACUUGGCUGGCACGGGUCCGGCUCAACCUCACCACAAAGACUUCUUCCAUCCACACGAAUUCGAGUUGGAGCAUGUAAAUGAAGAGCAUGUGGCCGAUUUCGUACGGGCACUAGCUUACGAUCCUCUCAGUGGGUCAGAAUCCACUGCUGAAUAUAUUUCUGCUUCCAGCGAGUUUAUACCAUUGCGUGGUACUUCCGAAAAAAAGAAGAAGUCGAGACGAAGAACCCGGGACCCGGAUUCAAAACCCAGAGGCAUAUCUUAUACACUUUUACAAUAUCCUUUAAUGUUUGGCAUUUGUGCUGUUAUCUUUACCGAAUUAUUGCUAUAUUUGGGAUUACGUCAAACGGUACGAUUGUGGGAAAGCACCUUUAGUUGGCGAGGUAAACGUGGCCGAUUGCGUAAUGCAUUGCGUGCAGCGACAACGUACGAAGAAUGGUGUCGAGCCGCUGAUGCAUUGGACAGGUACAUGGGAAAAGAUCGAUGGAAAGAAACCGCCGCUUACGGUUUCUACGAUUAUCGAUUGAUCCAAAAAGUCGUGCGGAGUCUUCGGCAGUUCAGGAAAAGCGAGAAAGCCGAAGAUGCUUCCAUGUUGAAAGAUGUUCUAUAUGCUUGUUUGAAACAAAACUUUUCCGGAAUUGAAAAUACGAAAUUGUACAGUAACACCUAUCACGGGACCAAGCGUCUCGUGGAAGAAUAUGUUGAGGAAGUAACCCAAGCCAUCGACGCAUUGGUGGUGAAUCCGCACAUCUCCUCGGAAGAGAAGCGACUCGCUUUCAAAUUAUAUGCCAAGAAUUACGGAAGAACCGCGUUCUGCUUAUCAGGUGGGGCUGGUUUCGGGUACUUUCAUCUCGGUGUAAUCCGUGCAUUGCUUGAUCAAAACCUAUUGCCUGCUAUCAUCACCGGAACUUCGGCGGGUUCCUUGAUGGGCGCUAUUGUGUGUACGCGCACGGAUGAAGAAUUGCGACAAGUGUUGACACCAGAACUGGCCGAGCGGAUACGCAUAUGCCAGGAUUCUUGGUUUGUUAAAUUAAGACGAUAUGCAAGUACAGGUGCUUUGUUUGAUAGCGAGCAAUGGUGCCGAGAAGCUAUGUGGUUCUGCCGAGGCUCUCUCACUUUCAAAGAAGCGUAUGAGCGCACCGGUCGCAUCUUCAAUGUAUCGGUGAUUCCAUUUGAUCCACAUUCACCGCCAAAAUUGCUCAACUAUAUUACCGCCCCUAAUUGCGUGAUUUGGAGUGCCAUUCUUGCUUCAGCUGCCAUUCCCGGGAUAUUGAACCCAGUGGUGCUGAUGCAAAAAGUCGCCAAAUCCAAGCAUCUGAUUCCUUACAAUUACGGACACAAGUUCAAGGACGGCAGUCUGCGCACCGACAUUCCCACUCAAGCGUUGCAUAACCACUUUAACGUCAAUUAUACGGUGGUUAGUCAAGUAAAUCCGCAUGUCCACAUCUUUUUCUACGCUAAUCAAGGCAGCCCGGGACGACCCGUGACACAUCGUGCCGGUACUGGAUGGCGCGGAGGAUUUUUGGCUUCUACUAUUGAGCAGAUUUUGAAGUUGGAUUUGUCCAAGUGGCUCAAGGUGCUAAGAGAUUUGGAUUUGCUGCCGAAAUUAUUGGAACAAGAUUGGAGUUCCAUAUGGUUACAAAAGUUUGACGGCAACGUUACGAUUCUGCCAAAGGCAGGACUAUCGGACUGGUUGUACACGAUGGCGGAUCCUGACGAAAAGAGGCUCACGAAACUGAUGCUUUCUGGGAGACAAAGAACGUGGCCAAAAGUUUCAAUGAUUGCAAACAGGCUUCGAAUUGAAUCGGCUAUUACCAAAGCGCGGCGGGAUCUGCUGGUGGUUCAUCGAAUGAGUCGCAAAGCCAAGCGUGAUAAAUCCGAUCUGGAAAUUGAGCUUCUUCGAAAACAAGUGGACGACAAAGAACGCGUUUACUCUGCGGGAGGCACCACAAGCGAUGACGCUUCAGGCAGUGGUGACGAACGUCAAUUCUUGACAGGUCACCGCACCGACAGCCCAGAAGCCAUGGAUAAAGCCACGCAAAAGGAACAAGAUCGACGACGAAAAUUCUUGGCUCAAUUCACUGAUCGAAGGCAAGUCAUUGGAGGAGAAGAAAUCACUGCCCAGCAACCGGAAUCCAUGAAGGAGAAAGAACAAGAAGAGUUUGAAGAGGAUGUGGAAGAUGAAGGCGAUGAAUCGGACGACGAUAUGGAUGAAUUGUAAACAUUGGAAAUACAAAAAAAAAAAAAAAAAAA